UUCACAGCCGCUCAUGCAUUUCCACCCACAUCUUUUUCAGGGGGGUCAGGACUGGUGAAUCCAAACAAUCAGACGUUUGAUACAGAGAGACAAAUAAAGAUGUGCUUCACUGCAUGCAGGCGCAGGUAGACCAGAGAGAUUUAACCGACAGAGAGAGAGAGAGAGAGAGCGCGCGCGAGAGAGGAGAACUCUCAACACCUUUAGCUUUCGACUGCUGAAUUUUUUUUUUAAUGUUGUAGACGACAAUAGCAGCUAAGAACUGAAUUUGAAGACGAAGAAUAAUAAUCUUGGAUAAUAAUAAUAUCUUCAUUUCGCCAGAAGACAGAUUCAAAAAAGCAGGUCAUUGGACAUCAUUGAGAGAUGUUUGAGAAACAACCCUACGAUAGUCCCCCGAUGUACACUCCCCCUUCCAAUGGCUUCGGACCUCCGGGGAGCUUCGAAGACCCACGGAGUGAAUUUGAUCCGUACCCUCCACCUCCAGGAUCCUACUAUAUUGGCGAGGAGGUACCACAGCAUUUCUACAAGUGGUUCUCCCCUCCAGGAAUUGUGAAGAUUAUGAUAGGGACAGUUAUAAUCCUCUGUCUAGGAAUCUUCGCCUGCGUGGCCUCGACUCUGGUUUGGGACAUGCAGUACGGAUUAGGUUACGGAUCAGGAUAUUCAAGCUAUCCUGGAUAUGGAAGUGGGUACGGAGUUGGCAGCGGGUAUGGAUACGGAAGCUACGGAUACGGGGGAGGUGGAUAUGGUUACGGAAGCUACUACAAUUCUUACCCGACCCCUUACUCGGCAAAGACCAGCAUGAUCGCCAUCGCUGCCAUAAACUUCAUCAUCGCUUUGGGAUUCUUUGCAGCCAGCUUCUCCAGAACAAACACGUUCCGCAGCAGGAAGUUCUACCUGGCGGUGCUUAUUGUCAGUUCCAUAAUGGCAGUGAUUCAGGGCAUUAUAAACAUUGUGUACAUUGUAGGAGUGAACCCUAUGGCUCAAAGCUCCACCAGCUCAUACUACAACCCCAUGAUUAUGAUGUGUCAGAACCUCUACGGCAGUAGUGUGACAGGAAUGGGGGCCGGUUUUCCUGUCUAUAACCAGUACUUGUACCACUACUGCUACGUGGACCCUCAGGAGGCAGUUGCAAUGGUUUGUGGGUUCAUGGUUGUGGUGGCACUGGCUGUGGCAGCCUUCUUCUCCUAUAGGACCAGAAGUAAAAUCUGGCGCUACGGGAAGCCAAACAUCUACUGGGAUCGACCACUGAUGGGAGGAACUGAGGGCAGAGAUGUGGAGGAUUGGGUCAACCGUGUACAGGAUGGACAGAGCGUGCAGGAGGCGUCCAUGGUGUUUUCAGAGAAGAUGGCUCCUGUUCUGGCUUCUGCCCCCAGUGUCGGCUCCAUCCCUCCAAAAAUUGGCAGUGUCUUUAGCUCUGAUACCCACAAUAUUGUCAGUAGUAACAGUUACCCAGAGCACUCUUUCAGCCGGCCAUCUCACUCUACAUCCCCGUCUGGAGAAGUGAGCUCUAGCCCCUCCGACCAAACGGACACCAUCCGCAAACCGUCCGCCUCCAGGGGCAAGAGACGCAGGAGGAACCCUGAGCUGGACGAGUCCCAGUAUGAAACGGAGUACACGACGGGAGGAGAGACCGCCAACGAUUUUGACGAGGAUCUGUGGGCACGUCUGUAUCCAGAGAUCACAUCUGAUUCCCAGCGACACGAGUAUAAGAAAGAGUUUGACUCAGACCUCAGGUCCUAUAAGGAACUGUGUGCCGAAAUGGAUGACAUCAACGAUCAGAUAAACAAGCUCAGCAGAGAGCUGGACACACUUGAUGAGGGAACGUCCAAGUACCAGGCUGUAGCAGAGGAAUAUAAUCGUCUGAAAGACCUGAAACGGAUGCCAGAUUAUCAAAACAAGAAGCACCAAUGUCGCAAACUACGCCACAAGCUUUUCCAUAUUAAACGAAUGGUUAAGAUCUACGACCGCGGUCAGUAAUGAGCUCCACCACACCUGCUCUCCUUGUUCAACAUUUUUGCAUUUAACUAAUCAUGGGCAGCCAUGACAAAGCCUUCAAAUGACUGCGUGACCAAAGUUGCCCAAAUCCUAAACUGCUGUAACAUUGGCUUCACCCGGUGCUUAUGAUUAACCUGAGCCCUAAAGAUGGUUGCCUUGGAAACGAGGACAAGGGAUCCCAAAACCGGUCCUUUCAAAGUCUUUCCAUUACCUGGAACAUGUUCUUUCACUGGAAACGUCUGAUUUACUCAGAGUUGGUGACUACACAUAGCCUGUAAAAUGCCAUAAAGCAUUAAAAUGUUUUCAUUCUGUUGUUUUUGUGUGAUGUGGGUGUGGUUGAGUUCUAACCUCAAGGUCAGCUGAUUACAGCGGUGCACAUGUUUGUUGGAGAAAAUGUACUUUGGACAAUCCUCUCCAAGUAAUUUGCAGCUGCAUUGACAUCUAUGCAGUCAGUUUCCUUGUGUAUGACUGUAAGUGAGUUGUGUUUAUUGUGUAUGCCAGUAAUUGUCAAGGUGUAACUGUGGGUCACUGCUUGUUUUCGUGUCAGAACAGUUCCCAAUAACAACUGAGAGAUUUAAACUUGUAUACCAUUACAAAAUAUUCUCGUUUCAUUUUUUUUUUUUUUUUUAAAGCAACUUACUGCCUCAGUGAAAGAAGAAAAAUGAUAUUCGAAAUUUUAAAUCACAAAGAGAAAGUGGAAUUUUAAAUUCAGUAGUGAUUUUAAAAUUGAUUUUAUAAGUGCCAGUGGUGCACCAAGCAAAUAUGCAAAUUUAUGCAAAUAUGCAAGAAUUCUGUUCAUGUAGUUCUAGAUGUUUAUGUUGCAUUUGAUUCACUUGGGAAUAUUGUGAUCUUCACAUUAUUUGAAACAAUAAUAGCUGCUUAUUUCUAACUAAUCAACUAUCUAUGCAAGAUUAAAUAUUGAAGUUCCAUUUGUUUUGUUAUGUUGUUAUGGACAUCAAAUAAGAUUUACCCUUUUGUACGAAAACUGUUAAUGAGAUUAUGUUUUGUUUUGUUUUUCUCAUGUGCAUAACAGCAUUUAUGUUCAUCUACAUAUUUGUUGUCCUUUCUAUUUUCAAUAAAGUUUUGUAUUUUAAGUUUA